AUGGCGGUCGUUGUCAUCAUCCCUGGCUCUUUCGCUUCACCGACUCUCUACGAACCCCUCACCCAGAGCCUUUCGCGCGAUGGGGUCGACUCUCGGAUCGUGGAUCUACCCUCCGUUGGACGGAAGGAGGGUCAAGAACCUGCUACCAUGACCGAUGAUGUGAAUGAGAUCUCAUCUGUGGUGGAGAAGCUACUGGAGGAUGACAAAGACGUGGUUCUUCUGGCUCACUCAUAUGGCGGUGUCCCAGCGACUCAGUGUUUGGAGAAGCUUUCACAAAAAGCGCGACAAGCUGAAGGAAAGAAAGGCGGCGUGAGCAAACUUGUCUAUUUGGCUGGUGUUGCGCUACCAGUCGGAGGAUCAGUCAUGUCUCUCCUUCAACCCCCAGAAUUCCUCAUCAUCGAGGACGAUUACAUGACCCUCACACCCGAAUCAGCACCCUUUGUCUACUCAGACUCCCCAGCCGAGGAAGCUCUGCGCCUCGCAAAACAAAUGCCCCAGCACUCCACCGCAUCUUACAAGGAAGCCCUUACAUACCCCGGCUACCAAGACGCAGAAGUACACUACAUCAUCUGUGAAGAAGAUAAACUUGUGUUUACCGAGUAUCAGUAUGGCAUGAUGGAGUUCUUGAAGGGUAUGAUGAGUGGGGAGGUUAAGGUUCAUAAGAUUAAGAGUGGACAUACGCCGAAUCUUACACAGCCUGAUACUUAUGAGCCGUCCAUCGCCGUCCAGUAG